CUUCUCUCGCUGCUUAUCUGCUCUGAUUCAUUCAUCGACUAUUUUUUUUGUUCUCCCUCUUCUCCUUCGCUUCCAACUCAUCGUAUCAUAUUACAUACAAAACAUCGCCGAUCUUCUGAUAUAUCAUUGUCCCCACCUACUCCUUCAACACACUGACAGUACUAUGAACCAGCUAGGCCCUCUUCUGCUGAAUUAUGUCGAACAGCAAGCUCGCCCUCACGUUGAGACCAAGGUCACAGAGCAGCUCAACGACACCAAGGGUGAUCUCAAAAGUGACCUCCCCAGCACCAUCAUGAGCUUUCUUACUGGAAAGGACGGCAGCGGCGAAGGCACGAAUCCUAUGGUCUCCCAGAUCAUCUCCCAGCUCGGUCCCAACUUCAUGAACCGUCUGACCUCUGUCACAAACAUGACUGUCGACACUUCCAGCGAGGGCAUGGAUACGCUCUUAACGAACGGCGUCAUAAACACUGCAAAGAAUGUGCUCACCCAGCAAAGCACCGCAGCUAAUGGUGGUGCGCCCGAAACCGGGGGUAUCGAUUUUGAUUUCUUUAAGAAUGGCAAGGAAGGAAUGGUGAACUCGGCCAUGACGGCUUCUAUGCCGAUAAUUAAACAGGUCAGCGAGAACAUGGGUAACAAGAUGUCGUCUUCGUUUCCAGCAGCGAUCGGUGGCGCUAUCCAGCAGCUGAUUGAUGAAAACGGUAGUGCGAAUGGGGCACUGGGUACGGCGGCUGGAUUGAUGUCAAAGUUUAUGGGUAGCCAUGGUCCUGGAGACCAGCCCGUAAAUGGCGGUGGUGAUGCUGGGGACGUACAUGCGACCGGUGGACAAACUGGUGGAAUCCAGCAGUUAUUCCAGAACUUGUUGUCACCCAAAAUUUUGCUCUUGCUCCAGCCGUACUUGCAAAAGUUUGAAGUUCAGAUGGCAAGUACUUCUUUCAAUCGUCUUUCUACUGCCGUGAACAAUGAACUCUUUGGUACUUCUACUAAAUGGAUAUGUUAUCUUAUCAUUGUAUCGAUUGCAUAGACCGCAACACUGGAGAAGGAGCUCCGUGAUGAGGUCUUUUCGCCUGAGUAUAUCAAGCAGGCGGUUAUGGGGACGCUAACAGGAGAAGGUGGCCAAGAUGGAGGCGGCGCUGGAGCUGCGCUGGGGAAUGUUUUUAACACCUUCUCGCAUGGGGGUGGUCAGAAUAGUCAGAAUGGCCAACAGAGUAGCACUCAGCAGGCUAUUGGUGCCAUCGGUAGCUUUGCUAGCUCCUUCCUCAAGAAGGAGGAUAAGUAGUGAGGAAAAAGACAUGAUUAGGUAGCGUCCAGAUCUCUGUAAAUAACUGUGAAAAGUUGUAGGUGAAGAACCGGCUGCCAUUAUCAUUAAAU